UUUCCCGCCACGCAUUGCGAUGAGAAGUCAAACACGUGAAUUCCAAGAUGGCUGACAAAGACGAUCAAGAGGAGCCGACUCCGGCAUCCGACAUCGUUGUCACCAAAUACAAAAUGGCUGGUGACAUGGUGAACGGAAUCAUUCAAGAAGUUGUAGAAAAAUGUGUCGAAGGGGUGUCAGCACUAUCAGUAUGUGAAUUUGGAGAUGGUCGUCUUCUAGAGGAGACAAACAAAGUGUUCAAGAAAGACAAAGAGAUGAAGAAAGGCAUUGCCUUCCCAACCUGUGUAUCUGUAAACAACUGUAUCUGCCAUUUUUCUCCACUCAAGAGCGAUACUGAAUUGUUACUGAAGAAUGGGGAUGUUGUCAAAAUAGACCUUGGUGCACACAUCGAUGGGUUCAUUGCUGUUGUUGCCCACACACUGGUAGUUGGAGCCUCACAUGAAAACAAGGUAGAUGGUCGACGAGCCGAUGUGAUCAUGGCAGCUCACCAGGCAGCCGAGGCGUGUCUCCGACUAGUCAAACCUGGCAAUGACAAUAACAAAGUGACAGAAUCUAUAUCAAAAGUGGCCAAGGCCUUUGACUGCAAACCUGUAGAAGGUAUGCUGUCUCACCAGUUGAAACAACAUGUGAUAGAUGGAGAGAAAGCCAUUAUCCAGAACCCAACAGAAGCACAAAGUAAAGAACAUGAAAAAUGUGAAUUUGAAGUGUAUGAUGUAUUUGCUGUGGAUGUCCUUGUCAGCUCUGGAGAAGGAAAGGGAAGGGAGUUAGACACUAGAACUACUGUAUAUAAGAAAAAAGAUAUGGUUUAUCAACUGAAGAUGAAAGCCUCAAGACAAUUUUUAAGUGAAGUAGACAAAAGAUUUGGUCUAAUGCCUUUCACAUUACGGUUAUCAGAGGAUGAGAAAAAAGCUAAGAUGGGUGUUGUGGAAUGUGUUAAACAUGAAUUAAUGCAGCCAUUUGCUGUUCUUUAUGAGAGAGAUGGUGAAUUUGUGGCCCAGUUCAAAUACACAAUGGUUCUGAUGCCCAAUGGUCCACUGAAGUUGACAGGGAUGGCAUUUGAUAGUGAUUUAUACCAGACAGAUAAGACAGUGGAGGAUGAAGAACUCAAGACGCUCCUUGCCCAGUCAGCAUCACGGAAGGCAGCCAAGAAGAAGAAAAAGAAGGCAGGAAAAUCUAUGGCUGAGAACGCUGCCCCUGAGGAUGAAUAAGUUAUGCCAUUGUUGACUUAUCAUAGUGAAACUUUUAUGGAAACGGCAUUAAACUAGAUGAAUGUAACACCAUGGACAGUGUGAUGAGGAUUGAGAUAUUGGAAUCUGAAAGUCUCUCCCUCUAACACAGGCUGCAAUGUGCUGUAAGGCAGCUGACCUCAGGCUACUGUGAUUCACUGUACAGUCUCCUAUAAGCCUUGCUUUUCUUCAGAGGGGGGUUAGGGAAAAUGCAGUUUGGCUGUAAAUAUGCAGUUAGCAUGUUCAGAGAUAUUUUGAGAUAAAAAGUGACUUUUUUUUUAGUUCACAUAAUAAUAUUUUAUAGAAUUGUUAAAACAUUUCCUUUUGAUACACUUAACAAUUAUCUUUCCACCUUUUGAAUAAAAACAUCAAUAUUAGUUUGGUUUAUGAUGUAUACCGGAUAUUAACAAAAGUUAUAUAGUUAAUGAAUUAUGAAUUGAGAGCUAGUUGAAUAAAAUUCAGGGCAAAUUAUGUUUAUUGAUAUAGAUUGAUCUAGAACAUGCACUUGCUGUGUAUGUGCUUUAGGUACGGGGUAUUUGGUGCAUGACUCACUGGUGUUGGGUGAAAGUUAAAUUUUGUUUAGCAUGAAGGUUGUUACAUGCUUCAUAGUGAUAAAAGAGGUUUGUUCAAUAUUUGCUUGUCGUAUGUUUAAAAUGUACUGAAUCAGGAGAGCAUUUUCGAUCAUCUUCAACAGUUGAUAUGUUUUCUACCCACAUCGAUAAUUAUAACCUGUUGGUAUGGCUGAUUACAGUAUAUGUGUAUCAUCAACAAACUUAGAAUAAUGUAACAUCUGCAUUUACUACUGACUGACUUGUCCCAAGUUUUCUUAAUGAUGGACCAUAUUUAUUUUUUAUAUCUAUUUCAUCAAAGGUGGGUCAAUCCAACUUACAUGGUUUAUUAUUUUUAUUUCUUACACCUGGAGAUAUACACAAUGUCAAUACAUUAAACAUUGACCAGACAGGUUUCUGUACAUUCAGUAAAUGAAAGAAGAGAAGAUUGGCGGUUGUUUAUGUAAUGAUAAUGGAUCUAAAUUCAUCAUGUUACAGGGUGAUACUGGAUAACAAUUAAUCCUAAAGGAUGUAUUCACUACCAGUGUAUUUCUUUGAAGAUUACCAUUGAAGUUACAUCUUAAAGGGGGGAAAUUCUUACUGAUUCUGUGAGUGUGAUGUCAAUCACACAUUUGAUGUCAUUUACUUAUGUUUAGGCUAUUUAAUAUAAAGUUAUAAAUGAACAAUGACCUCAUUUGGACCCAGAUCACUAUAAUUAAUGAAGGGAAGGCAGUUGAUUCACCCAGAUGGAAGAGAUGAAUAAAACAAGUGCUAUCAUCCA